UAGGUCGACCCCAUUUAAGCUUCUGUCUUGAUUGGCGUCACUCUGGUGGGACCCUGCCCACCGAAGAGACCGGUUCUUUCCGGCUCGAGUAGGUCCAGACACGCCCCUCUGGUGGCUGCGAAGUCCAGGAGGCCUGCAUAUUUACUUUGGGGCUUUCGAAAGCGAGCGGCGGCAGCUGCCACCCAGGUUUGGCUCCAGCAUCUAGUCUUGCCAACACUACUAGUUCAAGCACCAUGCUGUUUACUUCAGUAUCAAAUGCUUCUACCUCUACUGCUGCUACUGGGCCCUCAUUUGGUGCCCCAACAACUUCGGCUAGAACACUUCGUGGUAUAACUUUGGGAUUUGGAUUAAAAUUACCUGGAGCAGGUGGAGCAGCUCCUACUGCAUCUACUACAACUUCAACGACUACCACCACCACUUUCACCACGACCACUACUACCACAGUCACCAGUGGCUUUAUCCUGAACCUGAACCCACUGACAUCAACUGGGAUUAAUAAUACUGAGCUUCUUACUUCAACUGUUAAUGCAAUAGUAACUCCCGUGAUGACAUAUGGUCAUCUGGAGGGUCUUACAAACAAGUGGAGCCUUGAGCUAGAGGAGCAAAAGGACUACUUUCUUCACCAGAUGACCAACGUCAAUGAUUGGGACUGUGCAUUGAUUGAGAAUGGUGAGAAGAUUACUAUUUUACAUAGAGAAGUGGAAAAAGUGAAGCUGGAUCAGAAAAGGUUGGAAGUAGAAUUAGAUUUUAUCCUGUCACAGCAGAAGGAACUAGAAGAUCUGUUGAUGCCUUUAGAGGAGUCUAUGAAGGACCAGAGUAGGCUUGUUUAUCUGCAGCGUGCAGAUGUGGAGCGUGAGAAGACUUACAAAUUAGCAGAAAAUAUAGAUACUCAGCUGAAAGGAAUGGGCCAAGAUCACAAGGACAUUAUCGAUCACCUGGAUUCAUUUGAAAAUCCUGCUGACACUACUGACCCGCUCCAGCAGAUCUGCAAAAUUCUGAAUGCUCAUGUGAACUCUCUGCAGUGGAUUGAUCAGAAUACAGGCAUGCUGCAAAGGAAGGUAGAAGAGGUAACACAGGUUUUCGAGGAUUGUCAUCGCAAGGAGCAGAAAUACAACGUCAAGAUUGCUUUUGAUUGAAUACCUUCAGCAUGUUGUUUUUGGAUUAUGAAUUACCUACAAAUCCUGAUGUUAAAUAGAGUAGUAUUUACAGUUACUAUUUACUCUUGCUUGCAAUGAAGCAUGCCUGUGGGUUUUUUCAUUUAAUAUUGUGCUGUUGAGAAUUAUACUGUAGUUUUGCUUUUUAUAUUAGUAAAUCACAACUAUAUUAGCCCCUUUUUCCAGGCAGCAAUCUAUUAGAUGUUGACCCUAUGUAUGUAAUUUAUAUCACACUCCUAAGUUCCACAUCCUACCACCAAUACACAUCGUCCUAGAAUCAUGUUUACCAAAAUUACAUGACAACCAGUCUUUACUGUAUGCCUGUUACAUCCUUGUAUAGUGCUAGAUACUGUGAAGUCUCUUCUCCUCAAAGUAACUUACUGUCUGGUUUGAAAUAUAAUUAAUGCCUGUCUGUAUAAAAAAGUUUAGACAAUACAAAGAAGUGUGUUAUGAAUUAUAGAAAGUGUGUUACAGAAAUUCAGAAAAGGGAGGAAAGGUAAGGGUAGAUUUGAGGCUUAAAUUCGGUUAUUCUUUAAAGGGUAAGGUUCAAGGAAUUCAGUUAUUUUUGAUGUACAGAUAUCCUGCUGUUUUAUUUGGUUUUAGCAUAUGAUUUAUACUUUUUGGGUUUUGUGUAUUUGUUUGCUUAUUUGUUUUUCAAGAAAAAGCCUUGUUCUUAGCUUUGUAACAGUCUGGUCUCUUGUGUUUCAUGUUUCACAUAAGUCAUAAGUAAAGGUUAUGUUCUAAAAAAAA